CGCGACGCGAUAAGAACACGCCUUCAGAGAGCUGCAGUCACGUGAAGCCUUUAAACUGGCGCCAUUUUCUGUGUAGACUUCUGUUCUGCAGCAGCCGGCGUCGAGUCCUGCUACCCCGGCCUUUGUGUCUUCGAGAAAAAACCGAGCAGGUGAUUCGACAUGUCUGACGAGGGAAAGCUCUUCAUUGGUGGUUUGAGCUAUGAGACCACAGAGCAGUCCUUGGAGGAGGCUUUCUCCAAAUAUGGGUCAAUUGCCAAAGUUGAUGUCAUCCGGGACCGUGAGACGGACCGUUCCAGAGGCUUUGGCUUUGUGACGUUUGAAAAUCCAGAAGAUGCCAAGGAUGCAAUGGCUGCAAUGAAUGGAAAGUCUGUCGAUGGCCGCAUGAUUCGUGUUGAUGAAGCUGGCAAAUCUGGUAGACGUUCUGGUGGUUUUAGAGGAGGUUCUUCUGGUGGUAGAGGGUUCUUCAGAGGAGGAAGAGGUAGAGGUGGUGGAGGAUAUGGUGGAGACCGAAGCUACGGGGGUGACCGAAGCUUUGGUGGCGAUAGGGGCUAUGGUGGUGGAGAUCGAGGCUAUGGGGGAGGAGAGAGGAGCUAUGGUGGAGGUGACCGAUCCUACGGUGGUGGCGGAUACUCAAACAGGAGUAGUGGAUACUCGGGUGGCAGCGGCGGUGGAUACAGAGAUAACAGAAGCCAGAGUGGAUAUGACCGUUCUGGUGGAUCCUACAGAGACAGCUACGACAGCUAUGAAUAGUCCAUAAGACCUUGUUGGAAAAGAAUCAUGUCUUGGUGUCAGUUCACUGUUUGGAAAAGGAUGUUCACAAUGCUCCAGUGCCUUUACCCUUUUGCCUACUUCUUGUCCUCAGCUUCACACGAGUAAAAAAAAAAAAAUCCUGAUUGCAAGAUCAUCCCUUCGCUGGCUGUAUAUAAAAAGAUGCGCUCUUGGAAGACGUUUUUGUUUUUACUUUUUUUUUUUUUUUGUUCUGGUUCAAAUGUUCUACUAAAGACAGACUCCUAUUUUACCGUGUCAAGUAUCCGCAGGAUGUUCCUCUCAUUGAGGAGCUGCCUAAUAUCCAUGAGCAUUCACUUCCUGUAAGAGUUUUCAAGCCCUGUGAGGCUACCUGUAUCUGACAUUUUACCUUGCGAUUUGUGUAAUAAUAGAUGCUCUCAGAGGUUGGAAAUUGUCCUUUUUUUAUUUUUCUUUUCAGUGUGUGUUUAAGAAACUCUGUCUCUGAAACCAUGCGUGAAAAUUGACCUGUCCAACACAGCCUGAUAGCUUCUAAAAACCAAUUUCCUCCAAGAUCUUUGGACCAAUUUCUUAAUAUCGGCUCACUGAAAGUGCUUAGAGGGGCAUUUGAACAAUUUUAAAAUGGCACCUGAAAAUAUUCUAAUCUGAUCCUCCCAAUAGAAGCUUGAUAAGCUGUGAUGUGUUCUUUACUGCUCCCUGCCACCUCCAUUUUGUGAUGCAUUCCUUUAGUGAAGCAAGGCAGGCAUGUUGCAUUGGAGUUCUCUCCGGCAAACCUCCUUGAUGUUGCUAAAGAUUUGUAAAUAUGCAUUAUCCAAAGAGUAAACCACUGAAGUACUUUACUCUUUGACCAGUCUAAAUUUAUUUUAAACUAUGCUCUACUGUGGACUGAACAUAUCCUCUUUAAAUGUCAAGAUUUUGUUCCUCCUUGGAAAGAAAUGUGCUCUGUUCUGUAUAUCAACACGUCCGAAUCCUUUCCUUUUUGUAUUAAUCUGGAUUCAUGAAGCUCAUUAAAAAGAAAAUGGUUGGAAAAUGCUCUCUCUUGCCUUCGAUAUUAAAAAGCUCAAUACAAGCCACAUGAA